AUGCGCUCCUCUCUCCUCCUCUCCGCCGCUGCCCUCUGCGGCAUCUCCCUCGCCCACUUCGAGCUCAAGUACCCAGACUCGAUCGGCUUCAAGGACGACGAUGAAGACAAGGCCCCCUGCGGCGGUUUUACUCCAGACCUCUCCAAGGCCGACCUCGUCGACUUCCACGUCGGCGGCGAGGCCAUCGCCGUCCGCUCGACUCAUCAACAGGGCAACUGGCUGUUCCGUGUCACCACGGAUGCCAAGGCCGACGGCGACUGGGAGCAGCUGUUCCCCAUUGUUCAGCAGAGUGGACUUGGUGAUUUCUGCCAACCCCAGGUUACCGUGCCGGAAAAGUAUGUUGGCAAGAAGGGAUGGGUGAAUGUUGUUUCUUCGGCCGUCGAUGGUCUCCUCUACCAGUGCAUCGCCGCCAACUUUGUCAAGGGCAAGGCCGAGCCCCCCAGCGAGUGCCGAAACGCCUCCUCGGUGAAGGCCUACUUCACCGACGACAAGGCCCUCGAGGCUCUCGUCGGCGACAGCAGCAACAGCAGCUCCGAGACGGGUUCCGCAAGCUCUUCUGCCACCAGCUCUGCCGCCUCGUCCACCGAGUCUGCUGAUGCUGCUGCGGCUCUGCAGGCGUGGUCUGCGAGUGGUGCUGGUUUCAUCACUCUGCUUGCCAUGGCGUUUGCUGGAGGUGCUUUGAUGGUUUAG